GUCCAGCCCCCAUUGGGGUACUUCGAUCCGUUGGGCAUCAGCAAGGAUGGAGACUUUACUGAGUUCUACCGCCGUCGAGAGGCUGAGAUUAAGAAUGGCAGAGUUGCCAUGUAUGCAACCAUAGGCAUGCGCAUGCACACUUCUGACCCGAGCUUCGCCGGAGAUUAA